AUGAAAAGAUACUUAAUAACAUUAUUAACUAUAACCGUAGUUACAGUAAGCUGUAAAACAGUUAAAGAAAGUAGAGUAGAGGAUCCUGUUGAGAUUAAAGCUUUACCCGAGCUCACCAUUCAAAGUGCUGAAGGAGAAAGGGCUGAGAUUUCUCGAUAUCAGGCAAGUAAUAAGCGAAUAAAUGAUUUGAUUCACACCAAGCUGGAAGUUAAAUUUGAUUGGCAAAAACAGCAUUUAUUAGGAAAAGCAGAACUUACUUUCAAGCCUUACUUUUAUCCCGUAAACUCUCUGGAAUUAGACGCUAAGGGCUUUGAUAUUCAUUCUGUUUCUAUGAGUGAAAAAAAAUUGAAUUAUGAGUAUGAUGGGAUGAAAUUAGUCAUUCAAUUGGGAACAACCUAUACUCAAAGUGAAACGUAUACAAUUAAGAUUGAUUAUACAUCUAAACCCAAUGAAUUAAAAUCAUCAGGGAGUUCGGCAAUUACCGAUGAAAAAGGGCUGUAUUUUAUUAAUCCACUGGGAGAAGAUCCCAAUAAGAUGCCUCAGAUAUGGACUCAAGGAGAAACGGAAUCAAGUUCAUGUUGGUUUCCAACUAUCGAUUCUCCAAAUGAAAAAACUACUCAAGAGCUUUCAAUCACAGUGAAAGAAAAAUACGUUACUCUGUCCAAUGGGAAACUUAUUUCUUCUACGAAAAAUUCAGACGGGACCCGAACUGAUUAUUGGAAACAAGAAUUGAAGCAUGCUCCUUAUUUGUUUAUGAUGGCUGUGGGAGAAUUUGACAUAACCAAAGACUCAUGGACUAGGCCAGAUGGAACUAAGAUGGAGGUAAAUUAUUAUACAGAGCCUGAGUAUACUCCUUAUGCAAAAGCAAUUUUUGGUAAGACUCCAAAGAUGAUUCAGUUUUUUUCUGAUAAACUUGGAGUUACCUAUCCCUGGGAUAAAUAUAACCAAAUAGUAGUACGUGAUUAUGUCUCUGGAGCUAUGGAGAAUACUACUGCAGUAAUUCAUGGAGAUUUUCUAUAUCAAACGGAUAAAGAGUUGUUGGACUCAGACAACGAAGCAAUCAUAGCACAUGAAUUGUUUCACCAUUGGUUUGGGGAUUUGGUUACCUGCGAGUCUUGGUCUAAUCUUACUGUCAAUGAGUCAUUUGCUAAUUAUAGUCAGUACUUAUGGGAUGAGUUUGAACAUGGAAGGGAAGAAGCAGAUAAGAAUGCUUAUGGAGAAAUGACAGGCUAUUUUCUUUCUGCUGGACAAGGAGGAUAUCAUGAUUUAGUAAACUUUGAGUAUCAAGAUGAAAUGGAAAUGUUUGAUGGCCACUCCUAUAACAAAGGAGGUAGGAUUUUACAUAUGCUGAGGUAUUAUGUGGGAGAUAAAGCAUUUUUUGCUUCUUUGAAACAUUAUCUGAAUAAGAAGAGGUUUAAUACGGCUGAGGCACACGAUUUAAGAUUGUCUUUUGAAGAAGUUACGGGUGAAGAUUUAAAUUGGUUUUUCAAUCAAUGGUAUUUUGAUCAAGGGCAUCCAACGCUACAUUAUUCGCAAGAAUAUGAUAGUAAAGCUAAGAAGCUUACAUUGAAAAUAGAACAGAAACAAAAUUUUGAACAGUUUCCGAUCUUUAAGUUACCUAUUGAAGUUGAUAUUUAUACCGAGGGGAAAAGAGAACGAAAGACCUUAUUAGUAACUAAGAAAAAACAAACAUUUGAAUUUGAUUCUGAAAAACCUUUACUGGUGAAUUUUGAUGCUGAGAAAAUUAUAUUAGGCAAAAAAUCAGAAGAGAAGUCCGAACAACAAUGGAUUUAUCAAUUAAAUAUGGCUCCUCGUUAUUUAGACAAGAAAGAGGCGUUAGCUCGUCUUAAAAAUAGUGACAAUCAACAAGCUGUUUUAGCUAUUUUUAACCUGUUAGAAUCUUCUUAUUAUGGGUUUAAUAAUAUGGGAAUGGGAGAUUUAGGAGAAUUACACAAACAAAACCCAACUAGGCUAAAGGAACGACUUAUAAAAUUGACUGGCCAUAACUCCUCCUCCUCAGUAAGAGCAAAUGCUUAUAAAAAUCUAGAAGGAUACUACGGAAAAGAUGAAGGACAUGAAAAAUUGUUGACCAAAGGAUUGUCUGAUAAGUCUUACAAAGUGAUGGGAGUUUGCUUACAAUCAUUGGCUAACUCUAAUCCUAAAAAAGCCAUGGGAUAUGCUAAGACUUUAGAGAAAGAAAAAAGUAGUUCAGUCAAAUCAAUUAUAGCUUCACUCUAUGCUGAUCAUGGGACUAAAGAAAAUCAUGAUUUUUUCCUUCAAACUAUUCCUCAAACUUCAGGGUUUGCACAGUAUGGAUUGCUUAAUCAGUACGGCACUUACUUAAGUAAGUUGGAUGAAAAAGAAUUGUCAAAAUCUAAUGCUGUGUAUCAAUCAGUAGUGGAAGGGACUACAACAUGGUGGAUGAAGAUGGGAGGUUAUCAAGGUUUGCUAACAACCAAGAAUAGAUUAAAAAAUAGAAUUUCGGAAGUGACAACUGACAUAGAAGUGGCAACUGAUGCCACACAAAAAUCAAAAUUGGAAAGAAAGGUAAGUGAAUUGAAAACUGAACUCAGAGAAGUACAAAUGGUCUUGGAUUCCUUGAAGAAGAAAGAAACGGAUAAAAAAGUGUUAGAGUAUUUGAAGAAUAUGUAA